AUGGUGCCUUUCCAUGAGCUGUUUCUGUUCUUGCUACUACUCAGUUGCAUCAGUCUAGCCGUUGGCUUCAUGCACAAAGACACCGGAGACAGAUCGGACGAGCAGUUCGAGUUCGAGUGUUAUUCCGCAGCGGAAAAAGCCAACCUAAUACCGCGAUUCGCGUCGCGAAAUCAGAAUGACUCGAUCUCCAUUCAAGUGACGCGCCGCUACACGCACCAGAUAGCGUCGCGUGUUUACGCGAUCUUUCUGCGCGAAAUCAUGGGCUAUCGCAACGUGAAGCUGGUCGAAUAUCGGGACACGCUGCCAGCUUAUGAAAAGGAACGGUUCCGGCUUUUCUACGCGCUCGAACAUCUUGUCAGCUCUGAAGGUAGGUGGCCUGACCCCACAGUCGACCUGGAGGUGUGGCAGCUAUCGGAUUACCACAUCAUCCCGCCAGAAAUUCAGGAAGCGGGCGCUAUUAUGAAUCCGGGUCGGUUUGGGCUGUUCCUAGCGAAGUCGCUCAUCCGCAAGGAGGACGCCUUCCCGAAGCUUCUGCUAUACACGAUGUUCCAGGAGAAUGUGAACGAUCCGCAGUACUACGAUUUAAUCAAAAAGUUUGACAUAUCCGAAGCCAUACUCGCCACGAUCUACCAGUACGCGGAGCGCAUGUGUGCCGAUGACUGCAACGAGUACGGCAUGUUCAUUCCACCGCAAUGUACGGAGGAACGCAAAUGCGCGCUCGUGUUGGCGCCACACUACGAGUACACGCACUUCCUCGUGAAGCACAUCAUGGAGAUGGAGUUCCAGCUGAAGGUCCUAUGGAUGGGUGACAAGCUGAAGAUGGGCAUCCAGCACAUGAUGAAUGUUUACGGUGGCGAUCGAAAGAACAGCAAGAAGUUCCUGGUGUUCCAUUGGACACCGUCGGAGGUGAUCAACAGCCGAACGAUCGAGUACGUCCCGGUAAUGAUGCCCCGGUGUGAAGAGAUGAUCGCGAGUAACGACACCGGCUGCAAGUACGAAAUGACGCCACUACUCAAGUACUACGCCAAGCACAUAAGCAAAACCGAUUUCCUGCAAACAUUCCUAAAUGUGUACUUCGAAGAGUCGGAUGUGUUGGCUAUGAUCGACCUGUACGACAAGUACGAGGCGCAGAUCUUGGCAGCGCGCGAUGAAACUAACCCCGAAUACACCCGCUUCGGGGUGUCAAAGUAUUACGAUAAGAUAGCCUGCGAAUGGACGCGCGCCCAAGCACUGACUUUGUCUAAGUGGAUACCUCAGGGCCAGAAGAAGCUGGACGUGUACAUCGGAGGAAUAUUCCCGUUCACCGGCAUGGGUCCAUCGUACCAGGGGAUAGCACCCGCUGCUCUGAUGGCUCAGCAAGACAUCAACGCGAACGCAACAAUUCUGCAAAAUUUCCAUCUGACCGUGCUGCAGAACGACGGUCAGUGCCGAGCGGACAUGGUGAUGAAGUUCUUCAUCAGCUACUACAUGUACCAGGCGGGCAUGAUUGGGGUGCUUGGACCCGCAUGCAGUGAAACGGCCGAACCGAUUGCUGGUGUAUCUAAACACUUUCGCCUGGCCGUCAUCUCCUACUCGGCGGAAGGUGCAUUGCUAUCCGACAGGGAAACGUACCCGUACUUCUUCCGGACGAUCGGUGAGAACCGCCAGUACGAGCACGUGUAUGCGCAGUUGCUACCGCGAUUGAACUGGCACCGGGUAGCCGCCCUGACAGAGGACGGCCGAAAGUCCACCGAGUACAUCUCGUACAUGGAAACGCUGCUGAAGGAGAACUCCAUCGAUCUUAUAUCGAACAAAAAGUUUCCCCGCGAUCGCGCGUACAGCGAAAUGAACCGGUAUCUGCUGGAUUUAAAGUCAAAAGAUGCCAAAAUCAUCAUCGCAGAUGUGGACGACAAAGUGGCCCAGGUGAUAAUGUGCGAGGCGUACAAGUUGGAUAUGACAGCCGAAAACGGAUACAUCUGGUUCCUGCCCGGUUGGCUGACGAACGUGUGGAACCUCAGCUCGGAAGCGCAAGGCACCACGGAAAGUACCAGUGGUUUUCCGAAUAGUGGAGGCCAUAGUUGCACCAACACCGAACUGCUGCGAGCCAUGAACGGUCACUUCUCGCUGUCACACGCUCCGUACGCCGAAGAUAACAGCCACCUAGACGUGGACGGCACGACGGUGAGCGAGUGGAAGAAAAAGUACGCCAAAAAGCUGGCCAGCCUGGAGUAUAUGGCGUCGGAUUACGCCGGUUACGCGUACGAUGCCGUGUGGACGUAUGCCCUAGCGUUCGAUCGCUUACUUCGCGAGGAUCCGUCCUACUUCAGUGAUCUCCACUCGGUACAUACCACGAAGCGGCUGGUUGAGCUUAUCCAGGCCACGGACUUCCAGGGUGUGUCCGGAAGGAUCAGGUUUGGCGAGUCUGGAUCCCGCUACACGAUCGUCAAUGUGGUGCAGCUCGUGAACGGUACACCGAACAUUGUGGGUUACUUCACACCCAACAUCUCCGAGAGCGAGUACGAGCUGAUCGGUGGCAACUUGAUCCUGAACGAGUCCGCCAUUGUGUGGAUGACGCACGAUGGCCGCAUCCCAGACGAUGGAACGCUCGUGUGCGCGUUGUCAGGUAUCGCGCGACUCUUCGGCAUCAACUGCGAUCAGGUUACGAUCGUCGUCAUUACGGCGUCCUGUCUCACCUGCAUCACGAUCCUGUCGUUGUGGUCCUUCUUCUACUGGAAGGUGCGCUACGACCGCAAGAUCAAGAAGUCGGCCAAAUACUUGAAGAAACUUGGCAUUGAUCUGUUGUCUCCCUCGACUAACCCGUACACCCUCGAUGAGUGGGAGAUCCCGAAGGAUCGGGUCGUGAUCAACCGGCGGCUGGGUGAUGGAGCCUUCGGAACGGUGUACGGUGGUGAAGCACAGAUCGAUGGCGAACGCUGGACGGCAGUGGCCGUGAAGACGCUCAAGGUGGGCUCCACGACUGAGGACAAGGUGGACUUCCUGUCGGAGGCCGAAGCCAUGAAACGGUUCGAUCAUAACAACAUCGUGAUGCUGCUGGGUGUCUGCCUGCAGUCGGAACCGGUGUACACGAUCAUGGAGUACAUGCUGUACGGUGAUCUGAAGACGUAUCUGCUGGCACGUCGGCAUCUGGUCAACAGCAAGCAGUCGGAAGACUCGGACAUCUCGAACAAACGGCUCACCAUGAUGGCGUUGGAUGUGUCGCGAGCGCUUUCGUACCUAGCCGAGCAGAAGUACGUCCAUCGGGAUGUGGCCUGUCGGAAUUGUCUAGUGAAUGCGCAGCGUGUCGUGAAGUUGGGUGAUUUUGGUAUGGCACGAUCGACGUUCGAGAACGACUACUAUCGGUUCAAUCGGAAGGGUAUGCUGCCCGUACGCUGGAUGGCUCCGGAGUCCCUGACGAUGGGAUUGUUCACGCCCGCAUCCGACGUGUGGUCGUACGGUGUGCUGCUGUACGAGAUCAUCACGUUCGGUUCGUUCCCGUUCCAAGGGUUAAGCAACAAUCAGGUGCUGGAGAACCUGAAGCAGGGCCAAACGCUCACCAUUCCCGCCGGUGUGAAACCGCAGCUUGAAGGGCUCAUGAAGGCCUGCUGGAACGAGGACUACAAGAAGCGUCCCAUGGCUUCGGAGGUGUCGGACUUCAUUGCCAACUAUCCGCGCCUGUUGAACCCCUGUCUGGACGUGCCGAUCGCCUCGGUCGAGAUGGUCGACACAAGCACGGAUCAGUUCGAGCUGUUGCCGGGGUUACGCAGAAAUAACGAGUCACAACCGACGGCGGAUCUGCUCAUCGGCACACAAACCAUGAACGACCUAAACGGUUAUAACAACGUCAGCAUCAUGUCGACGGGUGGCGCUCAACGCACCAACCCCCAGAGGGCAAUCAAUCUGAACGAUCUGAAUGUGGCCACGGACUUUACCACCGUUAACCCACUGGAUGAAUUAUCGCAAGACAAUCGCGAGCCGACACAAAAGCGUCCGACAACGUCGGCUAACCAAACGAACGCAUACAAUCCGAUCGAACCGCUGUUGCAGCGAGAUGCGGAAGUCUCAAGGAGCAACAACAGCUUGUUCCGCUAUAUGCCGAUGUUUGGAUUCGGUAGGAGCAACACGUCAGCCGCACCGGCAAGGACCGUCAUGCCGCAAGUCAUGUCCGCGAUACGGGGCACGAUUUCGCAUGGGACAAUCGAUGGAGCCGGCACCGGUUCACCGCAGUCUCCGUCCGGAUCGGCGCACGGAAUGAGCGGUGGUACGAUGACGGUCAACACGCGAAGUACCAGUACGACCGCGUUAUAGCACCCUGCUGGCGUGGGUGGCUCGAAGGAACCACUUCGAGUUCGAAUCCGGCUCAACAUAACCGCGGAUGAUCAGGAGGAGCAGGAGUCAACGGCCGAAUAGCCCGAGGACAGAACCAAACCCAACCAAUUGGACCCCUAGCUUUGCUCGAAUACGGGCAGAGCCAAUCUGAUAGUAAAAUCUCAGCAGUACAAAAAAACCCAUACCGUCCAGACAAGGAAAUAGGGUGGAAAAGGUAGAGAAAAAGAACCGCAGUGCAAUGGAAAGAAAUAUUUAACUUACAUACCGUAGUGGUUACCGCACUUAGGGCUCAGGCAUUAGAGAGGGCAAGGGCAUGUACCCUAGAAUGGCGGGGGAUUAGGACCCAUAAGUAGCACAUAAGUAGUAAAAAUAUGACAUACAUAACACUGCCCAGCGACGAAAUCACUGACGGCACCAUUACAAAAGACAGAACCCCUAGGCUAGAAGGGUUUCAAAGGCUGCCGAUCGCAUUCGGCGUAUCCUACUCCUUUUUUGCUCCUUAUUAGACUACACAAACCCGCAUGCCCGCGCGUUCACUAAUCUGAUAAGUCUGACGCUCUUAUGCUAUACUAGCCAAUUUUUCCUACCACCCAAGUGGGUGGGCAUAAGCCUUAGUGGCGUAAUAUCGAGUCUAUUUAUAAGCAAACACACAGCACACAAAGGUUUCCUUUAUCGGUAAGCAAGUUGAUUUUGUUGUUCUUGUUUCGCGUAUACAAAAAAAGCAUAUAAAAAUACCUAAGUAGUAAUCCAAAAAGUAUAAAAAGAGAAAGCCCCCUUUUCCAGUGGAAUGGAAAAGGCAAAACAAAAAAAAAGAAAAAAGAUUGUGAUUGUAAAGUCUAUUCAUCAUUAUUAUCCUUACAACCAGCGUAACCAUGAGGCAAUAUGUGUAGAAUAGUGCAAGCCAAGCGGCGUGAGACCACUUUAUAUGACGAUAAAAGAUAGUGGUCGGUAGAAGCGUUGAAACAAAACACAAAAAAGCUCGAUGAACCAAAGGCAAUGUAAAAAAGAAAAAGAAAGAAAGGAUAACUAAACCUUCGGAUAAUCAGUCCAAAGUACCUCUUUCGUCAGUGAGAAGUAGCAGUAAGACAGUAGAAUAAGACCAAGCGACAAAAAAUGCGCGAUAUGAUGCGCUGUCGGUUACAGAUAGUAAAAAUUUUAUCAUUUUAGAGUACUUUUGAGGAUAUCCUCAAACAAAAGUGCCCUACAAAUAGCUCAAACAUGCACGUGUAGGUACACAAUAGCGUUGCCAAAUAUUGCGAAGUGCAUUUAUUUCACCAUACAAGUAACGGAAAAUUUCUCGCUAUCGGUACGAGCUGGGUGUAGUGGCAAGGCGGUUCCAAAGAUACAUAAAGAACAUCGUCACGGAGACUGAACUAAAAGGACAAAGUAGAAGCGUGUACACUGCUAUCGCGUUUUACAAGACUGAUUAGUAUUUAAGUGAUGUGGAGUGAGCGAAGCAGCAGCGGACCAUCAUCCUCGAACGAAGGAACGUUCUGAAAGUCCUGUGUAUCCUUUAGGUCGCAAAAGGAUAAAGCCCUCUCCGUCGGAAGAAAAGAAAACAGAAGAACGAAACUGACGUAGGUCCUGGACGUUCAACCUCCUAGCACCCUAGCAGGCCCCAAGCUUUUCCCUCUGCUAGCCCUGUGGUGACAGGGCUUUGAAAUUUCGCAAUACCAUUAAGAACCUUCACAAUUUUUGGCCGAAAUACUGCUACGAUAGCGAG